UACAAAUGAAGAUUUGGAGCUUCGACGGACUACUAUAUUCAAUCACUUUUUGAAACAAGUCCUGUUACUGUCUACCCAAGAUUCCUCAGAAGAAGAAAAGCUGACCCAUGAUGAUGUAGCACUUCUUCGGUGGAUGUAUUACCAGUCAGCGGGUCCACCGGGAACUACAAAGGAAGAAGCAAGAAGAAGUUAUAUCGAAGAGUUCCAGAAACUUCUUGACGAUGCUCAAAAAAGUAUCGAGAAGCGAUAUGGCGAAGUCUACAAAUCAUUAGAAUCCGAAAAGGAGGCCGAUGAAUUCUUCGCCAUUGGCCGUGAGUUGUAUUACACUGGUCCCAAGCAAGAGCUGACGCAUUCGACAUUCCUCCGCCUUCCAGACUUCAUCCGUAACCAAAAUGGUAUCCAAGCUGUCAGGGACUUGAAAUCUAUUUGUCUUCAAGAAAUACUCAAGGAGGAGUUCGAAAACAAGAUGAGCGCCAUUGCAGACAAAGUCGAAGGUGUAUCAUUCAAGAGUGCUCCGGGCGUCAAAGGAUUCCUUCGAUCGUAUGAGAAAACAGAGGAAUAUGGAAACAUAUUCUCUGAAGAUGUUGAUGCUUCGAUGAGAGUUGUUGAUGGGCUUCGUUGCAGCUUUAUUGUUGAUUCUCUAUCACAGAAUCUUCAAGUUGGCAAAUUGAUUGAGAGUACGUUUGGGGUUGCGCGAACCAAGAACUUUCACCAGCGUGGCAAUGUCAGGUAUGCGGAUCGCAAAUACAAUGUUGUAUUUGUAAGCGACAAGAAAGUGGACGGAGUCGGUGACCCCAUCCAGGUGAUUUGCGAGGUCCAGGUGUUGUUGAAAGAGUAUGACGCAAUCAAGGCGGAUGGACACUUGCUGUACGAGUUCCAACGAGAGCCAGAACAAAAGCCGCCUUUGAAUCUGCGAUCAAGUACAAGGGAUGCCAAAAACUGCGUUUGUGCGUUCGGAAAGUUCUGGAUUAUAUUUUUGGUGACACUGAUUAUUGGCCUCUUUGUCUACUUCACGUAUGCACAGCAGAUUGUUGGUUGCCAAGUCAAUAAUUGCAGGCCAACGUGCCAAAUUUCAAAUCACUCUCUCUGCGAAACUUGCAACAUUGGUGAUGACUGCCUUGUUGCCGACUCUACUUGGAAGACAGUUGAAUGCUAUUACAUCGAGGAUGAUUGGGACGUUAUUGAUUGCUUCUGCACGCACCCUGGUAACACAAUAACCCGCUGCAAUCAUUUCAACUACAACGGUACACGUACCGACGCACCAACUACAAGCCCAUCUCCGUUUCCAACGUUCCCACCUUUUUGA